AUGGCUGGGGGCCCGGGGGCCGCGGGCGUGCCCGCCAGCUCUGCGCGCUCGCCUCCCCGCCCCCACGCGCUCGCCGGGUUCCGGGUUGCGCGCGCCGAGGGACGGCGCCGCCGAGGAGGAGGGGGGCGACGGGCCGCCGCCCGCUCCCGCGUUCGCCCAGCCUAUCUGGGUCGCGGCGGCGCCCCCGGCGCAGCCCCUCCUCCGGGUGCCGGGCGCGGCGGCUCAGCCUCGCUCCCCCAGAGCGGCGGCCCUGCCCGUCCGCUCCCGCUCAGCGCCGAAAGAGGCCCGGCGGGCGCGCGCCGGGCGUCGGGAGGCGGCCGCCGUCCUCGCUCGGGGUCUGGGGCCGCGUCAGCCGCCGAGGGGAUCCCAGCCCCCAGCCUGCGGCCCCCUCCCACGCCUCGCCUCUCACUUCCGCCCGCAGGACCCCUGCUGCCCGCCAGACCCGCGAGCCGGAUCCGGCUUUGGGCUCUCGGGAGGGCAGGAGGGCUGCGGGCCCCGGCGCCCGGGCCGCGGCCGCGUCCCCGCAAGCCUCCCCCGCGCGCCGGGCGCAGCGGCUCUGCGGCCUGCGGGGUGCGCGGCGACGCGCCGAGGGUGGAGGAGGGGACGGGAGACGAGAAUCUUUCACCAAUGGAUGCUUUUGUUUCCAAACGUCAUAGAUAUGCCUCAGACUGGAUACAUGAGAACUUCAAGGAAUUAUAUAUCACAGGAAAGAAACGCAUUUACUGGCUUCUGAUUGACCUGGAGGAGUCUCAGAAGCUGGGAGCUCAGUUCCUGAAGUAUUAUUCUGAAAGCACAGGCCAGAAAUGCAGCAGGAGCUGCUGCCUUAGGAAGGAUGUUUCCUGUAACGUGGCUGUCUUCUACCAUGAUCCUAUUCAUGACAAUGUCAACUGCCUCCAUAUUCACUGCCCCACGCUGGAGAGCUGCAUAUUAGAGCCCGGAACCAGUGCCAUUUUAUACAACAUAACAGAAGGUAUAGAUCCAGAUUUGCUGGUUUUUGAACAAUCACCUCCCACAUAUCUAAAUACCCGUUCUUCAUCUAACACAUGGGACAGACUAAGGAUUUUAAAAGCUACACAUUUAGAUAAACAACAAACUACCGUGAUAAACCAAAUGCUACCAUCAACAGAGGCACCAUCAUCAACCCCACAUCAAGAUUUGGUUGUCAACACAAACAAUACCAGGUAUUCCAAGGAAUUAACCACAGAUUCCUGGGCAAGACUCAUUUCCCUGAAUGACUCCAUUACCACAGAGGUAAAUAUGGUGUCACACAGCACUGAUUUCAUCAAUAACCCAGAUAACAAGACUAUUUCUCCUUUCUUUGUUCCCAUAGACACGAAACUUUUUCAUAGGCCUAUUCCAUCCCAAGUCAACAGUAGCAAGCAAUUACUAAACAAAACCAAGGGGUCCAACAGCAGAAACCACACAUGUGAGAAUGAAGACAUGACACCUGAAUGGGCAUCUGUGACUUCAAAGAUGUGGCUGGCUCCGGUGGCCCUCUGUACCUCUGUCAUCUUUCUUUGCUGUUGUAUAAUCAUCCUGGCAUCUGGAUGCUGUAGAAAGCAGCAGGGCCAGUAUAAGCCAGGACAGAGAAAGUCAGGAUCCAAGCAUAUUAAAAAAUUUAACAGUCUAAAGGAGGACUCUUAA